AUGGUCUCCGAAAAGAAGCCAGAGCUCGGCUCUGUUAUGGUCAUUGGCGGCUGCGGCUUCCUGGGCCACCACGCUGUCCGCCUGCUGCUUCGCGACUACUCCUGCUCCGUGUCUGUUGUCGAUCUGCGCUGCACACGAAACCGGAGUCCCGAGUCGGACGGCGUGGCAUAUUAUGAGGCCGACAUCACCGACGUUGAGAAGCUCCAGAGCAUCUUCGCCAGAGUCAAACCAGAUGUUGUCAUCCAUACCGCGUCACCGCCGGCGCAGGCCAACGACAGUGUUUCGCAUGCGCUGUUCAAGAAGGUCAACAUCGACGGGACAGCCGCGGUGGUGAAGGCAUGCCAGCAGACCGGUGUCAAGGCGCUGGUGUACACGAGCUCGGCGAGUGUUAUGAGCGAUAACCGGAGCGACCUGAUCAACGCCGACGAGCGGUGGCCCGUGAUCCGGGGCAAGGACCAGAGCGAGUAUUAUUCGGAGACAAAGGCCGCUGCCGAAGAGCUGGUUCUUGCCGCCAACCGCGCAUCGGAAGCGCCAAACCUCCUGACAUGCGCCAUCCGUCCGGCCGGUAUUGUGGGCGAAGGCGACACCAUGGCGCUGUACCACCUGAUCAACAUCUACCGCCAAGGCCGGUCCAACGUGCAGGUCGGCGACAACGACAACCUCUUCGACUUCACUUACGUAGAGAACGUCGCCCACGCGCACUUCCUCGCCGCACGCGCCCUCCUCCUCACCGCCGCCUCGAAAACCAUACCCCUGGACCACGAGCGCGUGGAUGGCGAGGCGUUCAUCAUCACCAACGACAGCCCCGUCUACUUCUGGGACUUUGCCCGCGCCGUUUGGGCCGCUGCUGGUUCGCCCCACGGGACCGAGCGUGUCCGGGUUCUCCCCCGCGGUGUCGGCAUGGCGUUGGGAGCCUUGAGCGAGCUGUUCUUCUGGGUCAUCGGCAAGCCGCCAACGUUCAACCGCCAGCGGAUCACCUAUAGCUGUAUGACGCGGUACUACGACAUCUCCAAGGCGAAGAAGCGACUGGGGUACAAGCCCCUCGUCCCUCUGGAUGAGGGCGUCAGGAGGUCGGUGAAGUGGACUUUGGAGCAGGAGCAGAAGAAAGAAUAG